CUGUAAUUUGUGGUAAACCUUUCUAUAGAAACGGCAUUAUUGAAGCAGCAACUAGAAGAUGCUCAAAAGGAGAUCAAAGCGCUACAGGGGAAACCCAGCAGCGAUACAUCAACCGAAAUGGAAACUGAGAUGCUAGGCGGCUUUGCUGAAAAGCAAGCUCAGCUAACAGAGCAAGCAAAGAUAGAGGUAGAACAGGCUAAAGCAAAACAGAAGCUAGCCGAGGAAAGUCUUGCGAGACAAACGCAGAAACUUCGAGCUAUCGAGAUGCUCAAUACGCAAUUGGAAGCAAAAGGAAUUAAUUUCGACAAGAUUAAAGGAGAAAUGACUGAGCUUCAAAAAAAACUAACCAGCGCACAAAAAGAAUUAGAACAGGUUAGCCGGAGAAGCAAACAAGAGUCAUCUGAACUUCGCGCGAAACUCAUGAAAGCAGAAGCAGAUAUGGGGAAUAGGCAUGAGUGGCUUUCACAGCAAAAAGAGCGCUGGGAGAGAGAGGAGGAAAGUAAACGUGGUAACCAAACGAAGGAGUUGCAGCAGCGGAUCAAUGAGCUGGAGCAACAGCUAGAAGAUAGCGGUACAGAACGCUAUCUAGAAAUAGAAAUGGCAAAAGAAGAGCGAAAAAAUUCCGAAGACAAGCUGAGGAAUGCUAAUGAAAAGCUGGAUGAUGCCAACUCAAAAAUCAAAUCCCUUCAACACACUAUCAUGGAACUUCGACUUAAGAAUAGCACUCUCGAGCGCAAAAUCGAUACGUUAGAGCAUGAAGUCAAUACUCAAACACUUAAUAACACAGAAGUAGAAGAGUUCGAAGAGAUAGUCCCUGAUUCAAUAUCCGCCCGAACCCCAGUGGCUAAAAAAGUAGAUCGACCAACCAUACAUCCUACUAUGCAAUCAAUGUCACUGAGCAAUUUAUCAAGAGAUCGUCUGGACCAUGCUUUGAGCGUCAUUGAUGACCUCAAGUCGCAGCUUACGCUCGUUCGUUUGUUUUCAGAUGGUCAAAAUCAUAAGCAAGGAUUGGUGGCCUUGACAGAGCAGGUCAAGAUAUUAACCAAAGAAAAGCAGGCGCUGCAGGACGAACUCACACGUCGACUUUUAGAUUUUAACAAUCAACGCUCUUCAGGGUCUUCUAUCCAAUCGGCCUCUGUGCUCUCUCACCAAAUGACCAAACAUCCCAGCAGGCUAGAUGAAGCCAAGACGCCAACCUCUGCUGAUACUAUUGCUCGAACUAAUUCUGCACUACCCAAAAAGACAGCUAGAAAGCGGAAACAAACAGAAAAUAUUACAAAUUACGAUACCCAUCCAGCUGCAGACUCCUCUUUGAGUCCGAUGGACCAAAACUUCAACAUGGAUGACAUCGACACUAUUACAGGUGGGGGCUCCCCAAGCUCUUCCUUGAUAGAUUCAAAUAUCAAGAAGAGAAGUCGGAGCUCUGAACCAUCCGUUGUUCCUACAUCCGGUACAAAGCCUAAGAAAGCAAGAGCGGGUAGAAAGGCCACGAAGACUACUUCAACUGACCUUUCUCACAUUCAAAUCAGAAACAUCUCUGUCAACCCUGUGACACCAUCCAUCGCUGUACCUCGUCAUUAUUUCUCGUUGCUGAUGAACUCUGCUAUCGUGGAUGAUAGCCAGCCUUAUACUAAACUCGAAGCGAUUGCAAGAAUUCUACCAGAGAAAUUAAGUGACUUUUUCGAAACCGUGCAGUCAAAAGCGAAGGAUAUAAUCGCGACCGUCUCUGGGUAUCGAAGAGAGCUUGAUAUCAUGCAGGAUUCAACCAGAUCAUGGGAGCUAGAUGGCUUCGAGCCCAUUGUGAUAACAGAGUCUCUUCACCUAUCAGAAGUAUAUAUAGUCCAGCUAGUGUGUCUUCUUCAAGCUCGCUUUAGCGAGGUAAGUCUUUCAAAAUAUGUUAUUAAAUUGCAAAGACUAUACUGAAAACUCACCGAUAUGCAUAAUCUUUUGAAUAUAAUAGAUAGAUAUUCUGCACAAAUUUUUUAUAACUAUGGGUGAGUUCAUCCUGAAAAGCGUACAGAUCGAUGAAGAAGCAGAGCGUAUGAGCGUGCUAAUUCGGAUCGUUACAGGCGUCGCUAGGGCGCAGGACGAUAUCGAGUC